AUGCCACCCACUGUGACUACUUCGACCAGCAGCGGCACGCCAACAGCAAUACCAAUCAUCGCCACUCCUACUCCCUCAGACGGCUUCAAUGGCGAAGAGUUCAUCAACAACCUCGGCAGCGAUUUGGCGCCUCUCUUAACGCUGUUUGGAGAGCAAGUUACGAAACAAUUCCUCAGCAUGUCGCUUGGCUGGGCCGAUCACAUACUUCUCGCUGUUGGUCCACUGGGAAUAAUCACUACCGUGGUUUCGGCAAUUCGCGUCUCAAAUGUUAGACUCUUGAAGGCUGUCAUUGGUCGAACUGGAGCUACUCUCAUCGACAUCAUACGCAACGUCGGAACUCUGGACUGA